AUGACCACUCAGUCUUUUCUGAACUUUCCAGGCAGUCUUUCACAUCAGUUGGAUCAGAUCGACGCACGCGAAACCCCUAACCAGUACAACUUCAUACCCCCAUCUACUAUGGACGGGUACGAUUCUUCGUCCUUGGACUCAUCAAGCAUUUCGAGUGGGAUAUCUUCACGCAGCUCUUUUUUCUCCAGAAACAGCAGCCGCCAAUCACUAGACUCCAAGAAUAGCGCAUAUAUGCACCUCGAGAGCCAACUAGAGGAGUCCAAACAGCAUAUACAUUUGCUCGAACAGCGGAACCAGCAGCUUGCACGGGAUAGAGAUCUUCUUUCAGCACAAGUAGCAGCAUUACAGAGUUCAUUUAUCACGCUGACCAACUCACUUGGACGAAAUGGGCACAUCGUCAAUACUGUUACCACAAGCAGUGCCAAUGAAGCAGACAAGGAUCUCAGUCCUGACGAGUACGAAGACGUCAAAUUUUGGACUCGCUCCAAGUGGACAUUGCAUGUUCAAGCCGAGAAGGCUGUUGCGAAGCUAGGGUCCAGUGCUGCAAGCACACAACGUGGAUCAACAAGGCUUGCAAAAGGCGAAAAUGUCGCAUGUCAAUUCAUUGAAGAUGCUGCUGGUGUGCCUGUGGAUGGACACAGAGCAAAGGCUGCACGUAGCGUGUUUUCUGCAUACCUCCAUCAGUUGAAUCAAGCAGGUGUGAAACUGCCUACCAGUUGGUCUCAAGUCCCUCUCGACCUCAAGGAGGGUUUCUACCAUGCGAUAAGGACAAAUUACAUCGAGUUCAGAUACUGCGCUGACAACUGGAAAGCCGAGCAUCUUGCAACGCAGAACUACUCACAAUGGUACAAAUACCACAUCGGAGGCACAGAAUCAUCAUCAUCACACGUCAAGAAGCCAAAAAACGAAGUGGCGGCACCAGAAGAUUCAGACCUCGAGUACAUGGACAUCGAUAACCCCCCCAGUGUCACCUCUAACCAAUCUCCGGUUGUCAUUACCUCUCCUACUCAUGACACUCUCGAUGACUUCAUAGAUCCAGCGCUAAAGGCUCUCGGUGCUCCCUCCAACCCCGAUACUGACACGCCCGCCACCGUGAGUGCACUCGCUGAGUGCUCUGAACCCUCCUCGUCUUGCACGAGCAAGGAGAAGACCAGUCUUGUGGUUCCAGAGGUGAAAAAUCCGCUUCUGGUCGCUGGUGUAUCGGGAACGUUCCGACUCGGAGGGCCUACAUACACAAGCGCAACACUGGCAUCAAGCUCAUCAAGUUCCUCGUCUAUUCCUGCGACCACGACCAUGAUUCCCCCAACAACGACCGCGAUUCCUGCAACAACAACGAUGAUUCCUGCGACAACCACAACAAUUCCUGCAAUGACGACGACGAUUCCUGCGACAACGACAAUGAUUACUGCAACCACUGUGAACACGAUUCCUGCUCUCACCACCACUAAACCCAAGCCCAAACCAAAACCUCGUCCAGUCAAAGCUCCCACAGCGCCGAAAGAGCCGAACGCGCCAAGCAAAGCCAAGGCGAUGCGUAUCCAGAAGACCAUAAAUGCACGCUGCGUGGAAAGCCGCCAGAAAUCUGCUGGGCACAGCGAAGUAAUUCAAAGGAUACUGGGAGCAACUUCCCGCUGCAGAGAAAGCACGCAAGCUCAAACAUUGCUGGCUACGAACACAUUGGCGCCAGUCGCUACUACUGGCAGCGGGCCUCGAGGCAACACCGUGACUGAGGAGGAGUUCGCUGGAUCCGACGGAGACGAGUAG